AAGAAAAAUAGCUUGAUCCCUUUCUUUAGAGGCUCAGCUCCCUCAAGUUCCAACCCCGUCUACAUCGAGAGUCCAGAAAGAGUGCACUGACUUGUGCAAAUGUUUUGUCUUCUCUCCCCAUCCCCACCCCCCAAAUAGGUUUUCGUUUUGGUCUUUGUGUUUCCAGCACUUAUACAUACUCCGGGCACACGGGGCUUAGUAAUUACGGGUUGGAUUGAAUUGCCUGGUAGGAGUCCAUGUGCCGGAAGUUUUGUUCCUCUCGGACGCUCUAGGAAAUCGAAAGACUCCGAUGUCAUUGGCUCCUGGAGGAGACUGGAGUUGGCGGAGGGGAGAGGGGAGAGGGGAACGGGGUAGGGGAAAGGGACCCAGGCUGGUCAAGAAAGGCACCGGAAGUGGCCGUUCCCAUCUGGCUGGGUCCCGAGGGUCGGCGGUAAUGGCGGCUCCGUGGGUGGGGCGCGGGCAAUGAAAGAGCAAGAGGCUGGUGACAGCCCGAAGAAGCAACAGAAAUUCCUGCUUCAGAACUAGUAUGAUGAAGGCAGUGGCAGUAUUUCUUACUCACGAGGAAUCCAAGAGACUGGUCUUCCUACAAGAGAAUCUCUGUAAGGAUUAGAUGCUGGAGAAUGAUGGAAAGAUGAGCUCAUUAGAUUGUGAGAACAGGUCUGAAAAGGAGGAAUGGAAGCCAAAGCAGGAAAUUUCUGGAGAUGAGUCAUUUCAAGCAGCAUUGGAAACAAUUUCAAGCCAAAUACCUGAAAGAUAUGAAUUGGUGGAAACCAGGGUGUGUGAAGAUGAGUUAGAGAAGCAAAGUUUAAAUGUUCCAGGAGAUGGACUAAGCCAGGCCCAUUCCCGAAAGAGAAGGGUCAGGCGAGUGAAAAACACCCAAAGAAAAAGCCAUGUAGCAGAAAGCCACAAGGAAUGUAAUGAAAAAGAGAGAAGUGUCAAAUGCAGCUCAAACCUUGUUAUUCAUCAGAGAGCUCCUGCAGGAGAGAAAUAUCAAAGACGUAAACCAUAUGAUCAGAGGCUAAAAGAAAAGUCAGAACUAACUAAAUAUCAAAAAAUUAAUACUUUAAAGAGAACCCAUGAGUGUAAUGAAUGUGGAAAAGUGUUUAACCGGGGAUCAAAUCUUACUAUUCACCAAAGAAUUCAUACAGGAAAGAAACCCUACAUAUGUGAUGAAUGUGGGAAAGGUUUUAAUCAGAGUUCUAAUCUCUGUAGACAUCAGAGAAUUCAUACUGGGGAAAAUCCUUACGAGUGUAAUGAAUGUGGAAGAGCCUUCAGGGGUAGCUCAAAUCUUAUCCUGCAUCAGAGAAUUCAUAGUGGAGGGAAACCCUAUGUUUGUAAAGAAUGUGGGAAGGCCUUCAAUCAGAGUUCAGAUCUCAUCAUACAUCAUAGAAUUCAUACUGGAGAAAAACCCUAUGAGUGUAAUGAUUGCGGAAAAGCCUUUAGUCAGAGUUCACACCUUGUUACACACAAGAGAAUUCAUACUGGGGAGAAACCCUAUGAAUGUAGUGAAUGUGGAAAAUCAUUCAGACAGAGUUCACUCCUUCUUCAACACCAAAGGAUUCACAGUGGAGAGAAACCUUAUGGAUGUCAUAAAUGUGGGAAAGCUUUUAGUGGACGUACAGUCUUUCUUAAGCAUCAGAGACUCCAUACUGUUGAAGAACUUGAUGAACAAACCUUCAAACAGGACACAGACCCUACUGGACAGCAGAACAUUAAUAAAGAAGAGAAACUUUAUGAAUGUAGUGAAUGUGGAAAAGCCUUCCGGUGUAGCUCAGAUCUGAUUAGACAUCAGAUAAUUCACACUGGUGAGAAACCCUUUGAAUGUAACGAAUGUGGCAAAGCUUUCAGUCGAAAUUCAAUCCUUAUAGAACAUCAGAGAAUUCAUACAGGAGAAAAGCCUUAUAAAUGUAGUGAAUGUGGGAAAGCUUUUAGGGGAAGCUCACAACUUAUUCAGCAUCAGAGAAUUCAUAGUGGAAAGAAACCCUAUGAAUGCAAUGAAUGUGGAAAAACAUUUAAUCAAAGUUCAGACCUUAAUAGACACCACAGAAUUCAUAGUGGAGAGAAGCCCUAUGAAUGUAAUAAAUGUGGAAAAGCCUUCAGGUGGAGCUCAGAUCUUGGUAGGCAUAAGAAAAUUCAUAUUGGAAAGAACAUUUAUGAAUGCAGUGAGUGCAAAAAAGUUUUUAGUCAGAGUUUGGCCUUUAUUCAGCAUCAGAGAAUCCAUACUAGAGUAUAAACCUUUUAAUAUAAUUAUGAGGAAAUGGAAGCCGUUUUUUACUUUUUUUAAAUACCAGAAUACAUUUUAUGGUACAGUCUCAUAGGAAACUAAGGUCCUUAAGAGCAGAAGAGGUUUCAAUCGUUUUAAUCAUUACAAAUUCUAUGAACAGACAUUCUAGGAGUGGUUGAAAAUAUAACAUUCUUGUUUAAAGUUUCUGUGGCAUCAUAAAAUGGUACAAAUUGGAUAUUAUCUCUCCUUAUUUAAUGUUCCCACCAGAGCAGGUAACAAAUCCAGAAGCCCUCCACAAACUAUUGAGGUCUUUACAGCAACAGUACUAGAGAAGUUAAGUAGGUUGAAUGUGGAGAUAGACUUUGGGACAAAAAAACGUUGUAUCUGGUACCAGAAGAUCUAAUUAUAAGAAAUAGAUAACCUCAUAGUCUCAGUUUUCUCAUAUGUAAAAUGAUAGUGCCCACCUCACAGGGUUGUUGUGAGGAUUGAUGAUAUAGAUGAAAAGUCUUUUGUAAAACUUAAAAAUGCUGUGUAAGUAUUAGCAUAAUUUCAACUCUAGAAUACUUUUUAUUCUCUUUUCCCUUUUUGACUUCUGAAUUUAAAUACUAUUAAAAUAACAUUUUAGUAUGUAAAAAGAAUUGUUUAUAAGACUAUGAAUUUCCAUUUCAUACCACUUGUUACUUAUAUUACAAAAUUAUAGAAAUUCCAUAUUAUUUUCAAAA